UUCAUAAAUAAAUAAAUAAUCAAAUUAGAGCCCUAUUUCAUAUGGGAGUGAUAGAUUCUCAUAUUUACUUCUUCUAUCUCCGCCGCCGCCGCUCCCCAAUUGGAUCCUCCGGCCAACGCACUUCACCACCGUUCCUUCUCUAUCGCAGUUGUAAAAGGUAACAAAUUAUGCUGGACAAUGAAACAAACCCAACUCUUAGCAAGUCAACCGGCUUGCCCCGAAAGCGAUUUUACCGAGCUAGAGCCCACAGCAACCCUCUAAGUGACUCUCACUUUCCCAUUCCUAUCUCCCCGGCGAAUGUUGACUACUCCACUCACUAUCCCCAAUUAUUUCCUUCAUCAGAACGGAGUGAAGGGUCUAAGAAAAUCCAGUUUGCAGAUAUUGGUUGCGGUUUUGGAGGCCUUCUAAUCAGCCUUUCAACUCUUUUCCCUGAGACAUUGAUGAUUGGAAUGGAGCUAAGAGAUAAGGUGACAGAGUAUGUCAAAGAAAGGAUAUUAGCUCUAAGAGGUACAAAUCCAGGUCAAUACCAAAAUGUAUCAGUGGUUCGGACAAAUUCCAUGAAAUACAUUCCAAAUUACUUUGAGAAAGGGCAGCUUUCAAAGAUGUUUUUUCUAUUUCCUGAUCCUCACUUCAAAGAGAAGAAUCAUCGCCGAAGGGUGAUCAGUCCACACUUGCUAGACGAGUAUGCUUAUGUUUUACAAGUUGGCGGGAUCAUAUACACUAUCACAGAUGUGGAAGAACUCGGAGACUGGAUGAAGGCUUGCUUAGAGAAUCACCCUUUGUUUGAAGCUCUCACAAACCAAGAGCUUAAAGUUGACCCGGUCAUAAAACUCUUGAGUUCAGCAACCGAGGAAGGACAGAAGGUUGCUAGAAAUGGGGGGCAGACUUUCCAAGCUGUUUUCAGACGCAUUGCACCAUCUUUGUGAGUUUUUCUGCUUAUUUGUUUUUAGUCAGAUUUUGGAUGAUUGGCAGCAGAUAUUGUUUCGACAGUUCCAUUAGUUUUCGUGACAUUGAGCUAUUGUUGUGAAUUCAAACCUUCUUUUUCCAGAAAUUGUAAUAUUGUAUUUGAUAGGGAUAGAGACUAGCUAAGUUAAUCACUGGCCUCAACUUUUUACAUGCUUUUUGUGGAAAGAAAAUAUAAGCUGUCAUCCUUCAUAAGUUUUUUACUAUAUAUUGAAUCGAUUAUCCGGAAUUAGUACUUAGAAAUUGAAGAUGUGAAUGAUGUCUUCCAACAUUUGUUCUUUGAUUAUUAGUACUUUCUCUUGUUGUAAUUUUCAUUUUAUUUCUAGCAAAGACAAUGUUUAACAGAUGAUGUGAUUCCCAUCUAAUUAUCUUAAUCAAUGAACAGUUUUUCCAUCAAGUUAAAUCUUGAAUAUAAAGGUGUGAGACCUGCAAAGCUAUAACAAAUUAUUAUUCAAUAAAGGGUUUGAACAUUGUGUUUUUUACCUAAAAAGGGGCAAAGUCCUUAGGCCCGUUUGCAACAAACUUCAGAGCUUCCUUCUCUUGUGAAUGAUCAUAGUAAAUAGAAAUCACAAUGGUGCAAGUGACAACAGUUGAAGUACAACCUUUGACCUUCAUUUCAUCAAGACUUUUUGAAAAUCAUUGCCCUCAUAGUAAAAUCUGAUGAAACAAGAAUAAGUAAUCAAAUUGGGUUGAAAACCACCAUUUUUCUCCAUAUCAUUCCUCCAUAAUAAUCUUCCUACCAAUACCAAGGUCCCUAGCUUAGGACCACCCUUUUAUUAAAAUGUUGAAACUUUAAGGACAAACUCCAAAAAUACUUCAUGGGCAUGCUUAAUACCAUUCCUUUUAGUAUUAACCAAUGUUGCAUUUGGAUUUUUAUCAAUUUUUGGGAGGUGAUUCAAUGAUAAGGUUAAUAAAAUAUUUUAGCUUCUCAUUUGACACAACCCUCAACCCUCCUUGACGGUAGAGUCUUUGACACUUUGCCUUGAGGCCAAAGGUUCGAGGGUUGUAAAGAAGGAAAAAAAAAAACAA